AGGUUUGUCAUAUGAUUUGUGAUUGGAUUUUGUCAGAGUCAGUAUGGACAAUAGAACUAGCAGCUUCGGCCAAUAAUAAUUCAAAUAGGACAGCACAAAAUAGUAGUAAAGUGCGACAGAAUGAGAUAGCAUGUGUUGGUAUCAUUAUAUUUCUUCUAUAUUGUGGAACCCUUUACGUGAUAACAAAUGAACGUCUUGACUUAUGUUGUGAUGAACAUACUCUUCUAUAUUGUGGCCCACUAGUUGACUUGUGUGUGUCCUGAUGUUAAAAAGUUAACAAGUACUAGACUAAUAACAAAACAAGUUGACAAUGGUUAAAAGAAAAGCCCAAAGUGGAGAUGACCUUGAUGGGGACCAGUCAGUUCCCCUUCCCAUCCAGACCUUCUUUUGGAGGCAAACCAGCCCCUUCAUCAGACCCAAGCAAGGCAAGUUGUGUGAAGCUUCUUGUGUGUCGUUUGAACGUGUGGUGGUCCAGAACAUUCUCCAUGGCCUGUCCCCCAGCCUGUGUGAGGCUGUCCAGAGUGUGUCCAGGUGGAAGGUGGUCCAGGCUUCAUUCCCCCACCUCAUGCACGCCUGCUCCUCUCUCAUUGCAGCUUGCAAGAAGGGUAACCCAGAGAACAGCUUUGGCCCCAGUGAGACCAAGCUACUCUACACGCUGCACUGGAUUAUCCUGGACGCGGCCUCCGAGUGUGAAGAUGCAGAUGCAGAGUUCAUGGCGCUGCGUGACAUGAAGGGCGGGUCACCCCACAUGCACUCACUCAGCACCGUGCAGCUCUUUGUUUAUCUGUUUGCACCACUGGUGCAUUUACUUAAGGACUCAGACUUUGAAUCCCUGAAGCUGGAGAACGGCCUGCGCCUGUGGCAGCCUCUCUGGGAGUACCAGCAGCCAGACAUUCCCUGCUUCGCCACUCCCGUCAAGCCUCAGCGGAGUGUCCUUCGAGCUCAAAGGUCACAGCUCAAGGUCAACACGAAUGCAGCCAAUAUUUAUGUUGGGAAAGGUACCUCCCGUGAAAACCUGGCCUUCCUGUUUGAUGAUGUGACCAGUCAGCACAGCAUAGAAGAGGAGCAGACACCAAUAGCACCUCUGGCUCGCAUGAGUGACAUCUGCACAUUGUCUACAGCUGACUCACAGACUGCCACAAUGGAGGUCAUUUGUGAGAACUGUAACACAGUCAUCCCAGUCAAGAGCACAGAUGGGGGCAUGGUCUGCCGCUGUGGCAGGAAGGACACACUGGUGGCAUUUCUCCCAGACUCCAAUAACUACGCCUUCCUCAAGCUGACCUCCGCUGUUGAUAAAGAUUACGUCAAGCAGAAGUUGGCGUCUGCUGUAACUAGUGGUACCAGAGCUCCAGGCGCUCUGGACAUUCUAAGUGCCAGCUACCUGGACGUUGCUGUCCUCAGAUGUUUGUUCUGUCUCAGCUGGUCAGAGGAUGGAAUCUACUGGGCCUUAAGGUACAUGCACCAGAGGAUGCUGGAGGUCUGCCAUGAGCUGGAGAAUCUGGAGGCCAAGGAGAGAGCCAGGAGCUGCUCCCUGCCCAUACCUGACCUCAAUAUUUUGAUGAUGCCCAGCAAGGCUGACCCUCACUCCAUGCCCCCCACCCCCACAGCUGUGACAGCAGACAACCACAGCCCUACCAUCAAGAACGUGCCUGGGCUGGACAUGCGACGUUCUGCUAUGACCACCUUCCCCCUACCUGAAGUGCGCAAGGAGCCACCCUUUAAAAAAAUUCGUGUUGUUGAGUUGAAGCAAUUUUUUGAUUCAGGCAAAUCUUUUCUUCGCAAAAGAGAUUUAACCGAUGAAGUGUCCUCCCCAUUCUCAGGUAAAGACGACACAGAAGGUGACAGGCCAAUAUCAGCUAUGGGAGCCUUUAAAGAACAGGAAGAGAGGUUGGCUUCAUUUUCUGGAGGCUGCAGGAAAAGUCUGCCCACCUUGAGCCAACAUGACAAGGACUCUAUGGGCAGCAGCAGCCAGUGUAGUGGACAGGACUCGUCCACCUCAUCCCAGGCUGACCUGCAGGCCAAGGCUGGACAGAUGGACAAGGCUGGGCUCCUGGACAAGGAAGCUGUUCGCCGUCCUAUCAUCCGCAUCACUGAGCACAGUCCUGAGACAAAAGCUGAUGAGAUCCAUGGCUCCCCACUACUACCUCGCAGCUUGACAGAUUCAAACAUUGCCUACAAGCAGGACGGGGAGAUACAAGAGGUGUCAGGUUCCAAGUACUACAUCCAACCUAAUGGCCACAUGAACUACAAAGUAGUGCUGCGAGCCCUCCACUUUGUGGCCAUGAAUGAGCACGCCCCAAGAAUUUGUGAAGUCCUCCUUAACUUGCUCAACUGCCUGCUGGACCUGGACAUCAUUGAGAGCGCCAGUCUGGUCAACACUUCUCCAGCCACAGCUGGCACCCCGGCUUCCAUCAGGACACCAGGACAGAACAGCUUCAGCUCAGCUUCUCCUACAGUCUUUGAUACAUCCCCCAAGUCUCCCUCCCCUGAUGAUGGCCUGGGCAUCAGGGCCAGGGAUGAAGUGACAGCUCACAGUCUUGCCAUGGACAGUUUGUUCAGAAUCUACAAGGCUCUGGGCUGCCCCCAUGGGUGUGGGGAUGGAGUGGUGGGCUCUCAGGGUGACCACCUGCGCAUCAAGGGACAGAACUGCCUACAACGUCUACACAAAAUGAAUCCAACAAUGUUCCACCAGUUUCUGCGUGACACUGUGAGGAAGCGUCCACUACAGGAAACAGUGGAUUUUUUACAUGCAUUUCUUGGAUUUUGUUUUGACCCCUCUACGCUCUUGCAGUCCCCAAUGUCUCAGAAAAAGUCUGUCUCGCAAGAAAAUAUUCCACGUAUGGGGUAUUCCAAUAAUUUUGGCCACAGCAUCGGUGGAGAAGGGUACAGAGGUGUGGAAGGUGUUCUGAUUGCCAACCUGGUCAAACCUUUGAUCACCCGCUGUGUUCAGUGUUCCGGGGAGUUGUAUGGCAAUGAAAAUAUUAGCCUGUUCUGUGAUGUGCGGCAGCUGAUGGCCUAUGUGAAGGAGAUCCACGGCGGAACCUUUCGUCGUGUGGCCUUGAGUGGCCUGCUGGAUUCCCUGCAGAAGGUCAGGAGGGAAAGUGCUGAGAGGAAGAGGGAGAUAACACUGAAGAAAGAACCAUCACCCAUACGAAGAACGACCUCUAUCACCUCAGAGAGUGGAGAUGAGACUCCGACAUCAACUAAACACAUUAGUCUCCAGAAUUCUGAUGAUCCCAUUGGACGACGCAAAUCUCGCAAGUCAUUGUUUCGAACAAAAAUAACAAAGUACGCUGCCAGUGAUUCUGAAGUUGUGGAUGAGAUCCCAGGAGGAAAAAGUCCCAGAACCAGCAUCUCAGCUGCAGAGGAAGACUCUCCACAGUCCACCUCUACACCUCGUAGGCGCUUCAGUAAAUUCAACAUUGGAUGGAGAAGAGGAACAAAAAGUGACCACGAGGAUGACCAGAACUCAGAUCCGCCCCCACUUGACCGUCGAGAGAGCCGCAGCGAGGCCCAAGUCCACCGUACUGCUGGUAGGGGUCGAAUGUCUUUCCGAGCUGCUAGUCAAGCAACUUUAACAUUUCUCAGUGCCCGCAAACGCAUUGAAGAUGGUAUUAAGGGAAAGGCAGGAAGCAGUGAUGAAUUUUACAAGCAACGCACCAGCCACAAAACAGAGGCCAAUGUUGAGCUGGUGCUGGUCAAAGAGAAAAGGAUUGUGGACAAAUUUCUGAUCCACUCCGGCAUGUUGAGAUUCUCUUUUCUACUGGAGUGUUGUCACCCUGGCUCCUGGCCCGACCCUCAGCUGGUGGCGGCCAUGUUGGACUUGGAAGCGCCAGUGUCUGCCAGAGCAGCUGUGCUACUUGAGUGUGCUCAUUUCAUCCACCGCUGUAACCGUGGCGACUGGCCCAACUGGAUGAAGCUCAACUUGCCCAGCUUCCGCCACACUGUGGCCGCCUUACAGAACAGAGGUCAGCCAUCAGGGUAUCGCAGGAACCUCAUGCUGCAGAGGGCAGCCGGACGAAUGUUUUAUUCCUGGGCUGAGAACCUUGGCCUGCAGAUGGAAUACAUUCUAGCAAGGGAACAUGCUGACAGACUGGCCGUGAUUGAUGAAGUCAAAGAUGAGAACAGGAAGAAGGAACUAAGACAGGAGGAUGAAGAAGAAGAUUUUCUUGAUGAAGCUUGUGUCAACCAGAAGGGCAAGGAGUGCCCCUACGCCCUCAAGAUGUUGGCCUGCCUGGUGCUGGUGGAGAUCACCACCUUUCUGAGAGAAACCUUCCAGUACCUGCCCAGGUCGCGCUCACACAAGCGGGAACAUUUGUGGGACAAGAAUGCUUCAAGCCGGCGCUAUAGCAGCAUAGUCAGCAGUCCUGGCCACUCUGACAAAAGCUCCGAGUCCAACCUGGCAGAGUUGCCAUCUGGCUUUAGCAACAUUGGCAGCCCGGGGGACAGGAAGAUCAGCUUUGCCGUCCUGACGGAGAGAUCUGAUUCCCUACACAGCAGCACCACUUCAUUGUCUGCCCUUGACCCUAAUGCUACACCAGAGGAGAAAAAAGAAAGAGGCAGACGAUUAGCCCAGGGCAGACAGAAACUGUUGCGCCAUUUUCGUCGUGGCUCUGGUCACAACUUGAGCUUCAGACGCAGCUUCAAACUGGCCAGAUCUGAUGGAGGAGGAAGCAUGAAGCAUGGGGGCAGCAUGAAGUCCCGCAAGAUCAGCAGCCACUCUCUGCAGUCAGAUGGCAAGUUUGUGGAGGAGGAAGCUCCCACUGAGGACACCGAGUCAGUGGCCAUGAUGAGUGACGACACCCAGGAGUCUCCCAUUGAUAAGGACAUGGAGCUGGAAGAUGAACACCUCUACACCAACUUGCCUUGGAUCAAAGUGGUGGUUCAGUUGGCCAACUUAUCUAACUUUAUCUGCACUCAUCAAAACUUUUGCCACCCAAAUUGUUAUGAGCGCCAGCGUAGGUCUUGCUCACGUCUGACCGCUGCCAUCAGAAAAAUCUACGAGUCCACAGAAGAAGAUGAGAGAGACAUAAACAAACAGAUGGAUAAAAAGGACUUGUUCAAAGAGAAACUCAAGAGAAGGGAAUCCAUAUUCCAAGUGACAUCCCCAGCAAGCAGAAGAAGGGAGAGCACACCACUACUGGAGAAGAUCAAAACUGACGUGUCCCUGACCAAACUCAAACUCAGCACCAAGAAAGAUGAAAAGCCUAAAGAGGCCAAAGAAGAUCCUCCAAUUAUCAAGUAUCUAACCUCACAGGCCCAGAGACUAACCCAGUGCCCCAUGGCCAUCUUGACCAAGGCCGCCCCUGUGCUGAACGUGGAACAUUUCAUUGACAUAAUGCCAGUAGCCUGGGAGCUGAUGCUGGAGAGUGACCAGGAGCUGGCAGCUGCUGCUGCUUCUGUCUUCCUUCUGUCCUCGGCCAAAUCUUCAGAUAAAGCCAGGAAUAUGAUCAUCAAAGAACUUCAGCAUGAGGAGACCAGUCAGAGAAUCAAUGCUGUACUCAGGUUUGGAGCUUUGUGGAAGUUUCGCUACCAAGUUUGGCCCAGAAUGGAAGAAGGAGCCAACAUGUAUUUUAAGCUGCCACCCCCCAGCAUUGAUUUCACCCUCCCCUCUCCAACCAUUGGCCUGCCCAACCUGAUUGUGGUGGACCCUCCUUGGAUGCCCCACUUUAAGACCAACAUCGAGGAGGUGACAGUCAACCAGGAAGAGACAAAGUCUCUGGUGACAGCCACCACCACCAGACGCAAGCAGCAGCAGGAGAUGAUCAGAAAAGCCCUGCUGGCUGAGGAGGAGCGCAAGAGGGUGGGGAGGGAGAACUUCCCCAUGACCACCAUGCCCAUCACACAGCUGGCAGCUUAUGAGCCUUCCCUUCACCAUGGGGAUGAGGGCCAUGAAGAAGCUUGCUGUGUGCAUUGUUUGCUUGAUACUACGCCAGUUGUACAGGAGGAGAUGACUCUGGCGGCACGACGUGUCUCGUUGGCCCCAACCAAUCGGGCCAACAACCAAAGCCGCAGCAUGUCCUGGCGCAAUGGUAGUCUACAUUGGGGCAGAAUAGCCUGGGAAGGAGAUGAGGAUAGAAUGGAGCAUGGCCACCACCUGCAGACAGCUCAGUCGGUUUUCCCAUCAUGCAUCUGCGCUGCUGUCUUGCCAGUUCUACAUCUGUUAGAUGACCAUGAUGUGAACGCUGAUGGGGUUUCAGUGGCAGAGGUGGCCAACAAAGUAAUCUGGGACUGCAUUGUGGACGACCCCAUCCUUUUUCUCAGGCAUUUCUUGGAGAAGUUAACAGUUAAAGACAGACAGGAAGAGCUGAUGUUCCUCCUGCGCAAGUUGAUCCUCUACUUCCCUCAGAUGCCAGCCCAAGCUGCCCAUUCCAUCUUUAACUACCUGAUUGGGUACAUCAUGUUCUAUGUGAGAACCCCAUGUGAGGGAGGACAAGAUGCUAUCUCUGGAGCCUUGUCACUGCUGUGGCUGUGUAUCCCCAGUGUUGAGGGCAUCUACUUCAAAGAUCUGAAACAGACAUUAAAGAAAGAACAAUGUGAUCCCUACCUGCUGGUGUCUGCCAGUGUAGCUAGUGCCAAGAAGAUUUUAGUCCAUGGACCAGACCUGUCCAGCAUUCCUUCUCAGCUGCCUAUACACGAGGACACCCAGUUCUAUCAGAUUUUGCAGGAAAGUUUGGAAUUUUUUAAUAUCCCUGAAAACCAACAUGAUUCUCAUUUCCUAGUGGAUACCAAAACACACCAGAUCCACAGCAGUAACGCAUAUGUCAGAGACUUUUAUUUCUUCCGCCGCAACUUUUACCCUCAGCUGAGCUUGGUUCAUAUGAACCCACAGGAUGCUGCUCUAGCCCUACAGAGACGGGUAUUCCUACUCAAGUUUAUUGAAGUUGGAAAAGUUUUGUUGACUCAAGCUGUGAUGAAGUGUACACCUCCCCACCAGCUACAGAACCAUGUGUCCUUCCUACAUGAAGAGCUCAGCAAGCUGCCAUCAUUCCCACGCAAGGCCCUGGAAUCAGAGUUUGAUAUGUACUCAGGUGUUUGGGGGAAGGAGAUUUUUGGCAUGGAUUCUCUGCAUAAAUAUUCCUGGGCAAAGCUGAUGAGGACCGUCUUCAACUCCAUGUCAAGCACCUUUACCUGGUCCAAUGACCUUAACCUUUUCAUCAAUGUCCUUAAUGGGACAAUAGUCCUUCAGUUUGAGGACACUGCCAUUCUCCGAUUCUGUCUAGCUACUCUUAUCAACGCUUCACGGCAUUUUAAGCACAUUUUUGCAACCAAUGGAUUUUUGUACAUCAUGCCCACUCUGCUGAGGGUUUACAGUAACAACCAACCCAACCCUGUCCUCAAGCAAGCUAUCCACUUUGUCUGCAAACAGUUCUACAUCCUGCACCGUAAGCCUUUUAUUCUUCAACUCUUUGGCAGCGUGGCAGCCAUCUUGGAUAUGACAUGUGCAGCAGGAGGUGUCAAGAACUGCACUAAGGUCCAGCCCAGCAGCCUGUUUAACUUGCUCCUUGCACUAGAGAAGGACUGCCCUGACCACCUCUCUGUCCUUGACCUAGUAAUGGGGGAUAAACCACUGAAAGCUUUGGACUUCUGCUAUGAGAAUGAUCCUGACACCUUCAACAUGAUGGACGUGGUCAACAUGUGUGUCACUGUCAUUGCCUACACACCAGACUCGUUCCGUUCUGGCCAGAUGCUGACUAUCCUGGAGAUGGUCAUCCCUAGGUAUCUGGAUCACCUGAAGAAAGAGACCGUCAGGAGGGACAACUCUGCUGCUGCAAGGAAUGAAGUCACUUGCAUCACAAGCUUGGCUGUUGCUGUGCGCGCCCUAGUUACUUGUUGUGAAUAUUUUGCCAGGAGCAUGAGUCUGCCUCAGAGGUUCCUGGACUUGACCAGUGUGUCCGGCUCCAAGCCAGUCCACAACCACAGCAUCCACUCCCUGACUGUUGAUGAAAGGGAGGACUCCCACACAAGCCGUCAUAUGGAGGAAGGCAGAAGAAAAACAUAUGGCCAUGAGCCAGAUGACCUUGAACUGAGAGAAGACUUCAGAAAACCCAGAGACUCACUGCUGUCCAUUGCUGCAGAGUUUUACACCAGGUGUCAGAGCCGGCUCAAGGAACUUAGGAAAAUCUUGGCAGACCCAUCUUUCCGUCCACCAGAACUCUUUGACAUCAAGGCUCAUAAUCGCCUGGCUGAAGUUGCUCACACUUUGCUGAAGCUGGCACCUUACGACCCACUCACCAUGUCAUGCACAGGGCUACAGAGGUACAUGCUUGAAAUCCUGCCCAACACUGACUGGUCCCAUGAGCUCAUCCGGCCUGGGCUGAACCUGAUACUCAGGAGACUGGACAGACUCUUCACCAAGAUCUCCAAGAAAUCUGCUUUAAGGCGCCAACUAGAUUGGGAGGCAGCAGCCAACAUUUUAAAAGGAGUUUACCAGACCCUUAGGAAGUUCACAUUUGUAGCCAUCUUUCCUCACCUCAAAACACUGGUGAACGUCCUGAUCACCAUCUUGUUGACCAGCUCUGGCUCCAGCGCCCUGCUGCCUGAGUCACUGACCAUCCCAGCUCACCGCACUGAGGCCAGCAGGACAGAUGCCAGCCCCCUGUUUGUCUCCUCCGUGGUCAAGCUGGUGGCCAUGCAGAUGCAAGCACAUGGGGACCCUUAUUCCCUGGAACAAAUCUGUGGAGGUGUGUCAGCAUUUUCAGCCAAUGAGAAGUCUCUCAAUCUUCUCAUCAACUUUAUUCUUCCCCUUUGUAUAAGGGUUGGUUCUCAUUGCAGAGAUACCCCCCAACUGAGCCCCACUGACAUCACCUUUGUCCUGAUGGUCAUCACCAACCUACUGAGUCCACCCAGCUCCAGCCAGACCAACCAGAACAGUGUCAUCAAGUCCAACUACCUGUCUAUUGCUGAAUAUGGACGCACCAGUGGCACUUCACACAGUGAGAAAAACUCCAAAUAUGCUUCAGAGCUUCACCACUAUACAGCUCUAGUGGGUCUUGAGAUCAUGAUGGUUUGUUUUGACAAGCAGCUGGCCUCCCAGUGGCAUCAGGUGGCCAAAACUCUGAUCAACUUGGCCUCAAAGGGCAAAGUGGAUCUGCCCUUGUGGAAGUUUUUAGAUUUUCUAGUGACACAUCGGCCAUCUUUGUUUGUUCUCCUUCAGACAUUUAUUCAGUUCAGGAUGCUGCGGAUCAACUGUGACACAGCACAAGAGUAUUACCUCCAACAAAGCAUUAAAGACAAAUUACAGGGCUACACCUUUUCCUACCACAAGCCAGCUUCUGCCAUCCUGGUCAGCCUCUCUUUAGAACUCAGACAGCUGCGACUUGAGCUGGCCAACAGCUCCGCAGGUUACAGAUCCAGAGCUGCCACUGAGGAUCAAACCCAGACCGGAGCUAAUGCCAGCAUGACUGAGAUAGCAGCUGAAAUCAUCGGACCAACCAAGGCCAGCUACGGUUCAUUGAUCAAACGCUCUAGCAAAGCUACCCUCCUGUCCCAGUCCAGCUCUAACAGUGCCCAGCAGCGCUCACAAGCUACAGCUGCAUCCAAUGAGAACAGCCCAUCAUUGCAGAGGACCAAGUCCAGCAAGCGCAUCACUGCACGGGGUGGCAGCUGUAUACUGGACAAGUUUACCAGGAAAGACACUGUGGAUGAGGCCGUUGACAUUGUUACACCCAAUUCACCACUACUACAGCGCCAAGGCACCAUCAGAUUCAGGGGGAGUUUAUCCAAACAAAACAGCCAGGAAGUUGAUGGUCCAGUAGCUCAAGUGGUCUAUGAGAAUGAAGAUUUGGAAGCCAAUGGAAGAGCUGCCAUGGCCUGCGAGGCUGCUACCACUCUAGGAGAAGAUCCAAGAGGUCACCGUCUCCAGCGCCAAGAUGCCAAAAGCAGGAAGACGUUUAAAAUCAAAAGAACAAAAACCAAAACUUGUGUGCGGCCAAGAUUCAUGUCACAUCGCCGCCGCCCCCAUGAUGUUAAUGAUGCUGAUGGUGGCGUUGAUGAUCCCCUGUCUCAUGGUAUCUCUGGUUCCCAUGGCAACAACUUCCAGCUGCGUCAGGGCAUUCCUGGGAUGGCAAGAUCUGUGGAAACCAUCCCAGAGUCUGUUGAAAUAAAGUCUGCUCGUAAUCGCUUCUUGCAACGCUCAAAGUCCCAUGAUGAACCAUCUGAAUCACCUCCUCAACAGCGGGAGAAGACCAGUGCAUCCAUGCGUGCUGGCAGGAUCCACAGACAAGGUGGACGCAUUGUCCACUCACGCUCACCCUCUGUCAGUCCAUCUGUCAGCCCCCGCCCCAGCUACCACCGCAAGAAGGGACAGAAAGAGAAUUCUGAUCACCUGGACAAUCAGACAGACAACAAAGAUGAGAUCACCGAGAAGAAUGUUGGACAGAGGCUGGCGGCAUCCGAAAAAAAACACGCAGAAUCAGCUGGCACUCACAGCUCCGACUGGCAUAAAUUUCCAGGCUCACACAUCAAGUCAUCUGCUCCACUCAGCCCAUCUUCCCUAGAUGGUAGCCAUGCCAACAGGUCAAAUGCUGACAGCUCCGUGUCAUUCUCCUCUUUAGAGACUGUUAUUUCUCCCUUUGGAGAGAAAACUCCGGAGUUUUCUCCUAGCACUGGAAAAGGGCAUGAAAACAAAGAAUCAGAAAGUGCCAGACAAAAGCCAGACACACCCACAAGAAGGACAGCAAUCAAGGUGUCGCGUGAGCAGGCCAUGAAGCUUGGUGCCAUGUCACCAACCAGAGAUGCGCGGCUGACCUCACCUGAUCAGGUCAAAACUUCUCCAGGAGAAGCUGCUUCACCUUUUAAGCCUGGCAAAGUCAGCCCAUUCUUCAGAGACCAAAAGCCCAAAGAGAAACAAGAGGGCAGAAAAAUGGCAGCAUCCCAGUUGUCCCCCACAGAGCCAGCCAGCUGCCAACACAAGUGGUAUCAGCCUGUAGACAGAAGCACAUCCCCAAGCCAACGCUCCCCACUCAGCUCUCCAAUCAGGAAUCCUUCCUUGAGCGGAUCUUCUUCCCAAACUUCACCCAGUCACCUGACAUCUUUCAGCUCAUCACCUAAUGAUUCUCCCAUCAGAAAACCAUCCUUCAGCUCCUCCCAAACCUCCCCCACGCGAAAAGUCUCUUACUCGUCCUCAUCCACCACAGACUCGCCAACCCACAAACUUUUCUUCAGUUACCGCAACUCUCCCAGUCACAGAGUGGGCUACACGUCACCUCAAGACUCAGUGCAAAGAAACACCUCAUUUAGCUCCUCUUCCCAUGAAUCCCCAGUGAGAAAACCUUCCUUUAGCUCCUCCUCUGAUUCCAGGAACAAACCAACCUACAGCUCCACCACCAGCUCCCAGAGCUCCAUCCUCUCCUCCCCUACCCAUGUGCCCAUGUAUGGUGCUCUUUCCCCCGACCACAGUCCCACCAGAAGCUGUGGCUUGCCCCAAGCUUCUCCAGAGGAAACUUUCAGGCCAGCACAGGGCAGCACUCACAUUUUCAAAUAUGGCCGACCUUUGUCACCUAGGAGCAACAACCUUAAUGAGUUUCCUACCCCAGAUGUUUACAAGGAUUCAGCUCUGCCUUUGAAACCAUCUUCUUUGAAUCUUAGAGAUUCUAGAGUGGUUUGUCAAGGGACAGCACCUUCAUCUAAAGUAACUAGUCAAGGGACAGCACCUUCCUGCAAAAUAACUAGUCAAGGGACAUCAUCUCUGAGAUCAACAGAAGCUCCCAAGCACCAGGCUGGGGUCCAAAGUCUGGUCUCAAGGUUUGAGGCCAAUCCAGGCAUGGCUGCUGGCAACUACAAUAGAAGUGGAGGCCCCCAAAACUACACAGCCUCAGAGAGCUGUGGCUCAUUACAGUCUCAGUGUUUGAGCCCACCAGCCUACACCUACCCGUCGCCUCCGUCCAGAUCUCAGAUGAGCACAAGCAGUGAGGCCAGAUCCUUACACUACACUGACUCUCAUGUUUACAAUGAUGCCAGUUUUCACAACAACUACGCCUACAGACUAGACGACAGCCCACACAGCCACCCGUCUAGCCCCUACAGACUAGACGACAGCCCACACAGCCACCCGUCUAGCCCCUACAGACUAGACGACAGCCCACACAGCCACCCGUCUAGCCCUGCAGCCAGUACGGUGUAUGUGGCCAGCCCUGCAGCCAGUACGGUGUAUGUGGCCAGUCCUGUGUAUGUGGCGCGAUGCGACUCCUCAGACUCCCUGAGUGCCAAUGAAAGCUCCUCCCUACUGAGGGAUGAGGAGAAGAGCCAGUCUCUGAGCUCCCUCUACUACGCUGAUGAGGACAUACCUGAUGCUCUCUAGACCUCAAACCUUCAUGUUGUUGAUGAUUUGCUUUUUUUAAUGGUAACAGGAAAUGUUUGUGACCAAAGGAGUUGUACAGCAAUCAGUGGUGUGACAUGGAGGAUUUAUACAGCAAUAUGUGAUAGUUACUGUCUGAACGAUUCAGUGGGGCAAGAUUUACACACUGAAGGGUGUGCAAUCAUCAAGUCAAUUGUUCAUUGAUUUGCAAUCAUUUAAAAAGCAGUUGACAUUUUUUAGACAGCAAUAUUGAGGCCAGAUAGUUGGAUGUUGAACUUCAUUCACUUGAACCUAAAAUGUGUCCAGUUUUUUUGUCAGAUCAAUUUAAGAAUGGAUUUUUUUUUUAGUUAUUGUUAAUCUGUGUCUGUGCUCAGCUAUUGAUGUAUGUAAUAUCCUCACCUCAUUUGUUACACUUACAAAGUGGUAUGUUUUUUUCUUUCUGGUGAUGCUUGUAAUAGAUCACUGGAUAUAAUCACUUUAAAAAAUUAGUUGAUGAAUUCUAGUACUUAUACAUUUUUUUAGUGUGGUGGAAUGUUUAAAAAAUGAAAUAAAAUGUAGCUGUAUAACGUGUUUUCUUUCGAAUAAGUGGAACUCUUGUUUUGUGAGAAACAUUUUAGGUGUACAAAAAUGCAAGAUAUCAGGCUUCACACCCAAAAAAAAAAGAUAAACAAAAAUUUAUAUUUAAAUAAAACGAUUAACUUUUUAUUUUACAGAAUAGAAAAAAAUAUUUACAGUUCUAACUCAUAGAUGGAUGAAAUCACCUCUCAAACUCUUAUUUAUCUUCAUUUUAAUGUUUUCUACAAUGUAUUUAUUCUAUUUAACUGGAACCUUUAAUAUAUCAAUCUGACACUUAACAUUAUGACUGAACAUCAAAUCCUCCUCUGUUACACUAUAUGCCAACAUGAACACACUCAUACACUUUCAUACUUUUAAAGUGACUGAUUUUUUUCUUUGGAUAAUUAAUUAGGGACAAUUAAAAA